GGAAUCCACCGAUCCAUUUGUGUAUUUCGUGGGUAAACAACCCCAGUAUAUUGGUUGCUGGCACCAAACGUAACCCGGAUGAGUCAAGUUCAAUGACGAAAGUUCCACAAAGUGUUGGAGCCAAAAAAGUGUAUUUAAUUGCGAAAAUUGGCAUCCGUCAGCGGGGCGGAAAAUUGUCGCCUCUCCAGUCACAUUUUUAUAAAUGGCAAAUGCCCGAGUUUAGAAUUGUCAGUUUGGAAACGAAUCUCUAUCAAAAUGUCACACCAAUCCAGCUUUUUAUCUGUGCUUCUCAUCGCGGUCCUAUUGUCGCUUGUAUCUGCUCAAUACUACACACCUUAUAAUCCCUACUACACGCCCAGUCCGACGUUCGCCAGUUUGAACAACUAUUAUUACUCGACGACGCCGUAUCCUUACUACUACAACACGUAUACGACACCGAGUCCCUACAGCAAUGCCCAGAUUCGCAUCUGGCCAUAUGUGAUUGGACAGUAUCUUUAUCCCACCUACUACAACACUAACUAUUACAAUCCCUAUGCCUCCUUGAGCAGUGCCAACUGGCAAAGAUACUAUGCGAAUGUCUAUGAAACAAAUUGGGGAAAAAAGUAAUCCAUAGUUUAUUAUAAGUGUUUUUCUUUUGUUA